AACAAAUACAAUUAAAAGUGCUGUAGUGCUGCAGGCCUUCCAGAAAUACAUCGAAAGGAGCAGACAGAAUGAGUACACCUAAGAAACAGUACUGCCCUAGUCAGAAUUGAAAUCUAAAAAAGUGGGUCUUAAGCUUCAGUAGUGGUGCGAAUGUCAGGGGUCAGUUUGUUCCACAGUCUGGGAGCAGUGACGGCAAAAGAAUGAUCACUCCACAGUUUAAAUCUCGACCUAGCGACCUCUAACAGAAGCUGACCGAAGAGCACAGGGCUCUGCCACAAUUGCGAAAAGUUAAAAUCUCUGACAAGUAAGAGGGGGCCAAGCCAUUAAUGGCAUUAAAAAAAGCUGGUGCUUUAACAACAAUGCAUAUGUUCCAAGUCAAAUAACAAGUUGGCAGUUUUAACUGGUUAUAUAAACGGGUCUCACUUAGGCUGCAAGGUGUGAGCGCAUCUCUUCUGUGGAAGCAUCAUUUUGACACCUGCCCACAAAGUUUCCUCUGUGCGAGCUGACUACAAAAGGUGUUAGGGGGGAAAAGUCUGAGCCACUGCUCAGCUUUUACCUCUGUGCAACCAUGAUCCAUGCAUACUGCAUUGUAUUUUUCUUUCAGCUGCUCUCACUUUCUGGGGCUUCUGAAAGUGGCAUCGUGGGUGGUAAGGUUGCGAAGGCUCAUUCCAUGCCCUACAUGGCAUCACUCCAGUUUAAUGGACACCACCAUACAUGUGGUGGGAUACUUAUUCGGGAGGACUUUGUUUUAACUACUGCGCAUUGCUAUGAUGAUAAGUAUGAGAUGACGGUGGUACUUGGAGCACAUGACAUAACCAAGAAAGAGAAUAGUCAGCAAAGGAUUGAAGUGGCUGAGUACAUUCGACAUCCAAACUACAAUGGAGGUCAUGGUUAUGACAUUAUGUUGCUGAAGUUAAAAAAUAAGGCCACGCUGAAUAAGUAUGUGAAGACCAUUGACCUACCUAAGAAAGAUAAGAAAUACCCAGCCCACAUCAUCUGUACUGUGGCUGGUUGGGGAAAAACUGGACAAAAUAAGGGAAGCUCAAACGUGCUGAAGGAGGCCACGGAGAAGUUGCAAUUCAGCUUUGAGUGCAAACAUAUAUGGCAAGAAUACUUUCAUAGUGAACACAUGAUAUGCACCAAAUUUGACAAAAAGACUGAAGGGGUUUGCCAGGGUGAUUCUGGUGGACCACUUAUCUGCAAAGAGAAGCCUCUGGGCCUAACAGCUUUCACAGAUAAAUGUAAUUGUAGUGAUCCAAAGUAUCCUCAUGUCUUCACUAAAAUCAGUUUCUUCCUUCCCUGGAUUAAGGAAGAGAUGCAGUGAUUGGGGAAUGUUGCUUAGCUUUGACAAAUAAUAAUUCACAAAGCUUGAAAAUGUGAAUGUUUUGACUGCAAAAAAAACUGACUGAACAACUGAUUUUCAAAAAUCUCACUGUACAUUUAUAACAUGUCCUUUCAUCUCGCUUAACGUGUCUUCAUUUCCAAAACGUGUUCAACUUCCUUUUGCAAAAUUUCUGUGCUAUUAUUUACAUAGUUUAUUAUUUUACACUUCUAUUUUUUGUGCUACAAGUGUUUCCAUGAGAGUUAAUGCAAGAGUGAUUUUGCAUGAAGAAGAAUGACAGUAAAAGGAAAAAACAAGAUGGGCGGGUGGUGUAAGUAUAGAAAGUAUGUGUGUGAUGGUGUAAAAGCCCAAAGGCGUGAUGGUCAAACCACAGACCACCGCUGUUAGUCAUAGUGCAAACUUUUGAAGUUGAACCGUUUUCUGUCUGUGAAACCCGUCAUCUGCAAAGAAAGUGAAAGCAAUGCGCUAGUGUCACUAACAACUGUUAUUUCCAGGUGACAGUUUGCUUUUACCAAAAUAAUUAUGAUGUUGAUUUUUAUAGCAGAAAUAAAGACAGUAAAUGCAAAA